AUGGAGCCCAUCUACUCGCGUGAUGAGUGCAUCGCCGCGGUCCACGACUUCUACGACUUCUUGGGAAAGAUGUUCAUGGAUGUGCCCGCGUCCAUCAUCUACCCACCUCCCGGCGGUUGGCCCAACAUGACUCCCGAAGUCGCGGAUCGUCUAGGCAAGGAUCCAGAAAUCAUCAAUCUGCUACGCCAUCUGCCAUUUCCUGAUGACCAGCCUUACACAGCACGGCCGCACUGUUUGCCAGGCACCCGGUUCCACGCCUGGACGAAGGCAGUGGACGAGCUGAAGGAGCAGGGAGACGCAGAGAGAGAAGAUCUACUAAUCGAGACGGAGAGCCAUGAAGACCAGUUCGGCGGCAUGAUUCCCAAAUACUGCAUCGGUCUUACGUACGCUCUCAACAUCAGCGAAUACGUGAUGCUGUUGGACGUCAGAACUGGGCUGGUAUAUUGGAUGGACUGCCCGGAGGAGAUUAUCAAGGCGUGCGAUCCUCAGCCAUCACGUCUGGUGUACCCUUUGGAGGGGGAAGUAAAGGAGGAACCAGAUAAAAGCGUCGUUGUUGUACAGGAGGAAGAGGAUGAUGUCGAAGCUUCAGACGACAACAGCGAGAACGAAACGCCUCCGACAUCCGAUGACGGUAGUGACGACGAGAACGAUGGGUCUGUUGAUUUCGAGGACGACGAUGAUGAUGACGAUGACUCGAUGGACGUGGAGUGGGGACCCUGCUGGCCGGUCCGCCACUUCUUCGCCAUGUUGAAGAACCACUAUAUCAAGCUGAACUUCAUCCCGCAUAGCAGUCAUCGUGUCGUUCAAAUCUGGACGAAGCGAUAUACUGACCACGACCGAAUUCCUGAAGGGUUUGCAGAGUUUUUACAGUCCAUAUAUCACAAACAUGGGUGGCCUAAUUUGGAAGUCUAUCAGAAAGAAGCAUGCAUGGCAGAGCUCGAGAAAGCAACAGGAACAGAAGAAAAACAAACCGACAACUCGUUACGACUACUAGACGAUGGGUUGCUGGACACCACACCCCGCGACGAGACGCUGGAGAUAACAGCCCAGAACCAACAAACCUCCCCCUUCCUCCGUCUCCCCGCCGAACUCAGAAAUCGCAUAUAUAACAUCCUAUUCGGCCACCGAUCAAUCCACCUCAAAGACCGUACACCUUCAAAAUACCACCAGAUCCCCCGACCCUGCGUCACGCACAUCCGCCCCGUUCAUCCCGACAACGACGUAUACGGCCCCGGUAUCGAAAACGACCGCACGCGUCAUCCGGGUAAACAAACACAUACAUUCUCCUUACUUUUCGUAAGCCGCCAGAUCUACGAGGAAACCCGCUACCUCCCCUUCAGCCUCAACACGUUCAGGUACGACGAACGACUCGGGCGACAGACCUGGCUCCGCUCGCUGGCAUCCCGACUCGCUGUCGUGCGGAAAGUGCGUCUUCAUGUUGAAGAGGAUUGGGGUUUAAACCGUGGAUUAAAUGAAGGUCUGACCAACGGACUGGAGUUCUUCCCAAGUCUCGAUAGUCUGGAGCUGAUUUGCGGGCAUGGCCAGUACAAGGCAGGUGGGUUUGACAAGAUACUCAGAUUGGCGAAGAAGACGAAGCGGGAUGUGGAGGCGCUAGUCGGCUCCGAGGUCAAAUUGAGGAUCUAUGUCAGGAAGGUUUGGAACAUUCGCGAGUACGAUCUUUUUGAUUUUUAUACCUAUUUUCCCUUCAAGCUUUGA